AUGACGAGCAUUCUCAGCUCCUUCUUCCUCUGCUUCCCUGCCGCCGCCUCCCUUUCUCGAUCAGCCCUGACCGUGAGCAUGAAUGGACAGACUCAGGUUGCCGGUCUGGUUGGCGCCGCCGUUGUCCUCAUAGUGGUACUUUUUGCCGGGCCGCUCUUCUACCCUGUACCAAAUGUACGCCCCACUUUUUGCUGGUUUUUUUUUAGUUAA